AUGGAGGCUGAGCUGGCCGAGAAAGGCACCAACCUGCAGCUUUGGGCGACCGAGGCACUCGACGCCGGGGAGAACCUGGCCGAGGCCCGGUCGCGGUGCACUGCUCUGGAGGCCGAGCGGUCUCGUGCCGCCGAGGGAGCCGAAGCGUGGCGCCAGGCUUACGAAGAGGAGGCGACUCGCCGGCAGGAGACGGCACGGCGACAGAGGAUGGCCGAGAGGCUCGCCCAAGGGAAGAGCCAGGCGCGCGAGUACGAGCGGGCGCGCAGAUUCCGUGCCGAGGAGGCCUUGGCGGGGAGCCGCGCGGACGUCGACGUCGACAACUUGUGGGCGUGGAUCGACGGCCUGUUGGCAUGGAUCGACCGCCUGACGACGAACCUCGAGCUGGGGGCCACGAUCGCCGAGAACCUGCGGGCCCGCGUCGACGAGCUCGAGGCUGCCGCAGAGACGGGGGGCGAGGCAGGAGUAGGCACCGCGGACUUUGUCACGGAGCCACGCGCCGCUGGGGACGAUGAGACCGAGCGGGCGGAGCCCGAGGAGACCAGCCUCGGGGAGCAUCGCGCCCUGGGCGACUCCGCGGCUGCCUCGGGCCGGGCGCCGGGAGCGGGCGACGAUGGCGACGACGAUGCGGGGGUGCCGGGAGGGUCAGAGGUCAAACUGGUCCGCGCCCACGAGGACGUCCACGGCGCCCGCGCCACCGGCGCCGACGUCGCGGUCGCGGGCGUGGUCGCACACCAGGGCACGCACCAUGGGGUGCACGCUGCUCAGUUCCGCUUCUUAGCUGGCGCGCAGUGGAGGUUCGACCCCGCCCGGGUCCAGCCGUGCGAGGUGUCCAUCACGGGUGCCCAUUCUAGGCUCGUCGAAAUCGGCCAGGACGUGCAGCCGAAGGCCGACGCCGCCCAUGUCCAGCAGGCCGUAGGACUUGGGACGGCUGUUCCGGCCAAGCUCGACUACAUCGUGCAGGACGUGCCGCGGAAAGCCGACCUUGCGGACUCCGACGCCAGCGCCAGCGCCGACGCCGCCGCGAGAGUCGGCACGCACCACGAGGCGGGCGUCGCUCGGUUCAGCUUCGUGGCUGCACGCACCGCCCAGCUGGCGUUGGUCAUGCCGGCGGGGCUUAGCCGCGAGGGUACGAGCCUGAGGGGCGACGUUCCAGCGGCUGGGUUACUGGUGGCGGAGGACCUCACCGUUCGCAUACCUUCGGGUCACGUGGAGGAUUGCGCGCACGCCCUGGCGAGGCGUGGAGCUGGGCCCUCUGUCAAGGGCACGCAGGUGCUCGGCAGCGCGUGGGUGCCGACUGGCACGCUGACGCCCAUCAGCGCGCUCGCAUUCCGAAGCGCGCCUGGGCUUUGCAGCGCGCCGGUAGUCGAGAGCGUGCCCCAGCCCAACUUCGAGGGCAUGGCCUUGCUCUUCUUGGGCAGGCUGGUGCCUGGUGUGGUCGCGCCCAGGGACAUGCACGGACCCCGGAGCGCCCGGGCGCUCCCCGACGUGCGGGCCCUCUUUUGCACCCGGGCGCUCUCGCUUGACAGCACGCCGGUGUUCAUGCGCGCCCCGAUGCUCGUGCUCGAUGGCCCGUCGACGCUGAUGUAUUGCGACAAGCGCGACUUCUCCUUGGCCAGGUCAUCCCCGCCGACGACCGAGUUCACGGGCAAGCGAAUGUUCGACUGCCUGCCGCGUGCGUACCUGGCCGAGACGGCUCUGGAGGUUUUGGCCUGGAUCGCGGUGGAAAGGGCUCGACUUGGCCCAGUGCAGAUCAUGCUGGUGCUCGACGGCAUGCGGGAGCACCUGGGCUUACCGGUGUCCCACGGCGCCUUGGCGUUCCUGGACAUGCUGGGCGUGCCCCGCCGUGUGCUGGUACUCCCAGUGCGGUCGUGCUUGAAGGAGGCGUUCUCUGAUUGGGUCAUCCACGACAACCCACCGCGUGCUGCGGGCCCUGGCCCGGUGAGGCAGCGGGUCAAGGCCCGGGGUGCCUAUGGCACGCGCCCGAGCGACGGGGCUGGCAGCUACAGACGCAGCGGCGCCAACUGCAGCUACGCCGGCCGCGGCCCCGAUAGCUGCGACGACCGUGGCGCUGACCGCCUUGCCUACAGGUACGCCGACGGCUAUGCCUGCGGCGCUGACGGCCGAGCUGACCGCGGCACAGUGGGCAGCCGCGACGACGUCGGCAGUUGCGACGGCAUCGGCAGGGACAGUGGCGCAGCCUGCGGCGCGGACAGCCGCGCCGACUGCGGCGCCGACGGCUGCGCCAACCGCGGCGCCGACUGCCGCGCCGACCGUGAGCCCUACGAGGGCACCAGCGGGCUGAUCGAAUGGCCCGCCGACAGGCUCACCGGCUGCGGCACCGACAGCGGCGCCAAUGGCUGCAGCCACGCUGUCUGCGGCGCCGGCGGCCGCGCCGACGGCUACCUCGACAGCCACGCCGACGACAGCCUCGUCAGUUACGCCGACAAUGGCACCGACUGCUGCACCGUCCUCGGCGCUGACCGCGGCGCCGACGGCGGCGCCUACGAGGCAACCCGCAAGGGCGUGCCCGGGGGGGGCGGCUCGGGCGGCGGGCGCGGCCGCGCCGACCGCGGCACCUACGGUGGCACUGACGGCCACCCCGCCAGCGGCGUUAACCGCUGCGCUGGCUGCGGCACCGACCGCCGCGCAGACUGCGGCACCAGCAGGCGCGCCGACAGCAUCCUCGACGGGGGCGCCGACAGCGGCCCCUACUGCAGCGCUGAUUUCGGUGCCGGCCGCGGCGCCGACAGCGGCGCAGCUGCCACCGCGGCCCCGGGGGGCGCCACCGUACUCGCACCGGGAUGCCCGCCCGUCCUCGCCCGCCAGGGGCGCCCGGCGCGCGCCAGCCUCCGGGUCAGCAGCGGCCGUGGGGGCCGGCUCGGGCGCGCGUUGCACGCCGCCGGCAGGGCGCUGCCCAGCCGGGGCGGCCUGGCCUUGGCGCACGGCAACGAGGGUUGCAGACCACGAGGCAGCCAGAUGGACGUGGGUACUUGUUGCGAGCACAUGUUCAAAAAGAUAGUCUACGUCCGCAGUGACGACGGUGACGGUGCACUGGCGGCAUCGUCAACUCAGAAAGCGGGAGAUUGCGUCCUGUCUGUACAUCUUGUCAACGGACGGUUGCAAGUUCAUGAUCUUGUAUGUCUCGCUCGUGCAGGGCCCCCCGGUGCUCACGAUGGCAUACCACCCGGGCUCCGACUCCGUGGCGAACUUCAGCGGCCUCCGAGGCAAAGCCGAUGAGGCCAUGCCGCUGGGUGUCGCUCCUUUUUCCUUCUGACAGCGUUGCAGUGGCUCCACAAUGUGUGACAAGUUCAGCAGAAGAGUUCGAUCCGUCGAUUUGGGCUCGAUCAAGUCGCUAGUGUGUGUCGAGUCGACUGGAUGUUUCUCGACAGAAAAAGAUAUUUACGCCCUGGCACAGAUGAAGCAGGACCACGGUCAGGAUCGGGUCGUGGAUCAAGUUUGGUCGGUGAUGUUCCGCGGUGGGGGUUCCUACAUAACCACCGCUUGGGGGAGCGGUAAUGGGGAAACUCGGCGGGAGGUGGAUAUGGAUGUAUUCGGGCUCUGGGCGGGCCCUCUCGUGCACUUCGUAGACUGGAUCACCCACCCACGCUCCAGGAAGUUAGCGAGACCCGCCGCUGCGACACAAUGGCUCUUUGCUUGAUGGCAAUGAACUCAUCGGAACACCUGUUUAGUUGCAUCGCAUGAAGCAACAUUGUCUUGCCCAUGGUAUCUUCCAAUUCAGUGUUUUCGGUUUGUUCUCGGAAUGGCUGAAUCACUUGUCCAUGGAACUUGUGUGUGUAUGUGUGUCAUGUCUUGCAGCGGUCAUGUACGGAAGUCGACUUGUCGUGGUCUCGUCUGGAGCAGUUUGGUAACGGGGGUCGUGCGUCCACGAGAACUCGCACGACCACGUCUGAAACCACACCGGAUGUUUCGUGACCGUGGUCGCGAUCGCCGUGGAGCUAUGCCCGCGAACACACUUGUGGCCUCGGCUGGUCAGCGAGAGUGAGAUGAGGAGACGGAGGG